AGCCGAACACGCAACGCGCGACUACACCCGCCACAGCGCAAAGAAACUGGCCCCGUGCUUGACAGGUCGACGAGCAGCAGCAACAACCAGGAAAAGCAUCGCCCACGUUAGUCGUACCCUUUUGCUUUGCUUUUCGUUCUUAUUAUUGUACUCUCCCGUUCUACAGAAUCCGCAAUGGCGACGACGGCGGCGACUGCCUCUGCGGCUCCGCUGCGGUUGCCCCCCGCUGCUCCGCCGAAUGUGCCCGUGCGCCGAGUAGCGACGCUGAAGGGGCAUCAGGACCGCGUGUGGUGUGUGCGGUGGUGCCCCACGGCGGCCGUGCUGGCCUCCUGCUCGGGCGAUGCCACCGUCCGCUUUUGGAGUCGCCGGCCCGACGCUGCGAAGAGUAAAGGAGGCAGCAGCGGGAGUGCGGAAGAGGAGGAGUGGGCCUGCAUUGGCACGCUGGAGGGGGAGCACAGUCGCACCGUUCGCCACAUCAGCUGGAGCCCUAGCGGGGAGUACAUCGCGUGUGCCUCCUUCGAUCACACCGCCACGGUGUGGCGCCGCGACGUGGACAGCGGCGCCUUCGCCUUCGAGAUUGAGGGCGUACUGGAUGGCCACGAGAGCGAGGUGAAGUGCGUGGAGUGGGCCACGGACAGCAUGCUCAUUACGAGCUCUCGCGAUCACACGGCGUGGAUUUGGGAGCGCGUCGACGAGGGGGAGUAUGAGUGUGGCGGUGUCCUCACCGGACACGUGCAGGACGUAAAGCACUGCCAAUUCAUUUUGCCGUCUAACGACCACGACGUGCCGCUGGCGGUGACGUGCGGGUACGACAACACGGUAAAGAUAUGGUCCGAAGGGCAUCAUCAAGAUGACUGGCAGUGCACGCAGACGCUGACGGCGCACGAGGCGACGGUGUGGGCCACCGCCCUGCAGAAGCUCGAAGUCCCGAUGGACGAGGUGCGAGUGGCACACGAAGUGCAGGCAUUGCUGCCGCAGCCGCUGCUGUGCAGCUGCUCGGAUGACCUCUCAGUUAUUUUCUGGAAGCGCAAUGCGGAGGGUCGCUUCGUGGAAGUGAGCCGUGCGUCAGGCUUUGCGGAGCGGUCGCUUUUCGACUUGGACUGGGCCCCGCACAACGCCUCCGUAGUGGCAUGCGCGAGUGGCGACAACAGCUUCACGCUGCUCGGCGUGUACGCCGCCGACGAUGGCGUGCACUCCUGCAUCGUGGCUCGCGUAGCGGACGCCCAUUUGUCUGACGUGAACUCCGUCAACUUUGCCUCGCACGGCAGCCUUUAUGCGUCUGCGAAGGACGCCGAUGGAGAGGGCGGUGUGCUGCUGGCGUCAGGUGGUGAUGACCGGGUCAUUCACCUCUGGCGGGUGCAUGCGGAUGCGGAGUAA